CCCAUCAAAUCUUCCUCCAUAUUCUCCUUCUUUAGAACCCUCUCUCUCUCUCUCUCUCUCUCUCUCUCUCUCUCUCUCUCUCUCUCUCCUUUUUCCACUUGUACGUGUGUGCGUCGGCAGGCGGGUACGCGGCGGUUGUUGUUCAUGGCUCAGGCAGCGGAGAAGCAAGAAGAGAACCAUGUCCUUUUGGUGGCCUCCUCCGCUCAAGGCAAUGUCAACCCAAUGGUAAGGCUUGGCAAGCGUCUCGCUGCCAAAGGCAUUCAUGUCGCCCUUGCCACCACCGAGGUCACCUACUACCGCAUUCUUAAGUCCUCUGGUGCCAGUGCCACUGACCUUGUCUCCGGCAUCAAGCUCCUGUGCUACUCUGAUGGCCUGAGCCUCGACUACGACCGGGUGUCUAACCUCAACGUCUACAUGGACAGCCUAGGUAAACAUGGACCUAGCAAUCUGUCGACUCUAAUCAAAGAACAUUACACGAGUCCAAAGAAGCUCUUAUGCCUAAUCACGAAUCCUUUUGUGCCAUGGGUGUCCGAUGUAGCCACCGAGUACGACAUCCCUUGUGCUAUGUUGUGGAUUCAACCGUGCGCGUUGUACGCAAUAUACUAUCGCUUCUUCAAUAAGCUCAGCGCCUUCCCAACCCUGACGGACCCUGGUAUUGUUGUGGAACUACCGGGUUUACCUUCCAUGGAGAUGGAGGACUUGCCAUCCUUUGUGCUUCCCAACAACCCAUUCGGUAGCUUCUCGAAGUUAUUAUCUCAACUAUUCCAAGGCAUGGAGAAAUUCAAGUGGGUUUUAGGAAAUUCUUUCUAUGAGCUUGAGAAACACGCAAUAGACUCCAUGUGCGAGCUUUUUCCAAUAAGGGUGAUUGGUCCACUAGUCCCUCCAACGUUGCUAGGCCAAGAUCAAAAGCUUGACGUUGCAAGUGUGGGUAUGUGGAAAUCAGAUGAGACUUGCAUGGAAUGGUUGAACGAACAACCUCCUUGCUCAGUUAUCUAUUUAUCCUUUGGGAGCAUCGUUGUGUUACCGGCUAAGCAAAUGGAAGCCAUAGCCACAGCUUUAAAGAAUGCCAAGCGCCCGUUUCUUUGGGUGGUGAAGCCAACUGAGUUCCCAAAGUCCGAUGGCGUGGGGCAACUUCCAUUAGGCUUUCUCGAAGAAACAAAAGACCAAGGUCAAGUCGUGGGUUGGUCUCCUCAAACUAAGGUUUUGUCGCACCCGGCUAUCGCAUGUUUCAUCACUCACUGUGGAUGGAAUUCUCUGCUUGAGACUAUAUGUGCGGGCAUCCCUCUCAUAGCUUACCCACAGUGGACAGACCAGCCGGCCAACGCAAAGCUUAUUGCCGAUGUCUUUAAGAUUGGCGUGAGGAUCAAGAAGGAGGUUGAUGGAAACAUAAGCAGUGAAGUGAUUGAGAAAUGCAUUGAAGAUGUCAUGAUUGGACCAGUGGCUGAGCAAUUGAGAAAAAACGCGAUGGCACUAAAGGCCAAGGCUCGGCAGGCGGUGGCAGCAGGUGGAUCAUCCGAUGAGAAUAUGCAGCUCUUCAUGGAGGAAAUUUUCGGCUAUUCUUGCCAGAAAGAUGAUUCACCAAACGUGGGAAAUUUGAGCCAUGAAGGACAAGAUAAGGUUACUGAUGGUGGUGUGUAGAGAAACGUAUUU